UGUUCUUUUUGUCUUCUCCUUCCCUUCUCCCGCCUGACUCUCCUCCAGGAAUCCAUCAGUGAUUUCUACUGGUAUUAUUCUGGGAAGGAUGUUAUUGAUGAGCAGGGCCAGAGAAACUUCUCCAAGGCAAUAAAUGUGGCUAAGCAGGUUUUCAACACGCUCACUGAGUACAUCCAGGGUCCGUGUACGGGCAACCAGCAGAGUUUGGCUCAUAGUCGCCUGUGGGACGCUGUGGUCGGGUUUCUGCACGUCUUCGCUCAUAUGCAGAUGAAAUUGUCUCAGGACUCAAGUCAGAUUGAGUUACUGAAAGAACUGAUGGAUCUUCAGAAAGAUAUGGUGGUCAUGCUGCUGUCCAUGCUGGAGGGUAACGUGGUGAAUGGGACCAUUGGGAAGCAGAUGGUGGACAUGUUGGUGGAGUCCUCCAACAAUGUGGAGAUGAUCCUCAAGUUUUUUGACAUGUUCCUCAAGCUGAAAGACCUGACCUCCUCAGACGCCUUCAAGGAGUACGACCCUGACGGAAAAGGUGUCAUCUCCAAGAGGGACUUCCAUAAGGCCAUGGAGAGCCACAAACACUACACCCAGUCAGAGACAGAGUUCCUCCUCUCCUGUGCUGAGACCGAUGAGAAUGAACUGCUGGACUAUGAAGAAUUUGUGGAGCGCUUUCAUGAGCCAGCCAAGGACAUCGGCUUCAAUGUGGCGGUGCUGCUGACCAACCUGUCGGAGCACAUGCCUCAUGACACGCGGCUGCAGACCUUCCUGGAGCUGGCGGACAGCGUGCUGAACUACUUCCAGCCCUACCUGGGCCGCAUCGAGAUCAUGGGCAGCGCCAAGCGCAUUGAGAGGGUCUACUUCGAGAUCAGCGAGUCCAGUCGCACACAGUGGGAGAAACCUCAGGUAAAAGAAUCUAAGCGGCAGUUCAUCUUUGAUGUGGUCAACGAAGGAGGGGAGAAGGAGAAGAUGGAGCUGUUUGUAAAUUUCUGCGAGGACACCAUCUUUGAAAUGCAGCUGGCGGCUCAGAUGUCUGACGCUGGCGAGCGCUCAGCGGUGAAAGAGGAGAGUGAGCGGGAGAAGCCGGACGAGGAGAACUCUGAGAUGGGCUUCUUCUCCGUCAGCACUGUGCGCAUGGCUCUGUUAGCUCUGCGCUACAAUGUCAUGCUGCUGAUAAAGGUCCUCUCUAUGAAGAGUUUGAAGAAGCAGAUAAAGAAGAUAAAGAGCAUGACAGUGAAGGACAUGGUGACCACGCUGGUCUCUUUCUACCUGUCCGUGAUGCUGGGCUUCCUCCACAUAGCGUUCAGUGUGGCCCGAGGAUUUUGCCGAAUCUUUUACAACACCUUCAUGGGAGGCAAUCUGGUGGAGGGGGCCAAAACCAUAAAGGUGUCAGAGCUGCUGGCCGACAUGCCUGACCCCACCCAGGACGAGGUGAGGGGUGAGGGGGAGGACAGAGAGAAGAGGGCCCCCCCUAAAGAGGACCUGGCUGACCUGGCAGUGAACACCAGUGAGACGGAGCUGCUUUCAGACAUCUUCGGCCUGGACCUGAGAAGAGAGGGCGGCCAGUACAAGAUCACCCCUCAUAACCCCAACGCCAGCCUGACGGAGCUGCUCAACACCCCGGUUCCUCCCCCGGCACCCCCAACUCCAACCACCAAACCCCCAGAGCUCAGACGGAGGAAUCAGUCGAAGAGCUCUUCCUCAGAGGAGAAGGACACAACAGCAGAGACAGAAUGUGAACCUGAGGAAACACCAGAGGGUGGACAUGUAGAGAAGCAAGAGAAACAACAGAAGAAUGAGAAGAUGAAGCCAAAAGUGAGAAGGCAUCACACCUCGAAGUCUGAUGAACCGGACCUGCAGGAGUCAGCUUUCCUAAAGAAGAUCAUCGCCUACCAGAGGAAACUUCUGAACUACUUUGCCAGGAACUUCUACAACAUGAGGAUGCUGGCGCUGUUUGUUGCCUUUGCAAUCAAUUUCAUCCUCCUUUUCUAUAAGGUUUCUACAUCCUCCUCUGUGGUUGAGGAAAGGGAAGUGGUGUACACUAGCAGCCAAUCUGACAGCAGAAUUCAGUGGGAUCCACUGGGAGGAGAAGCAAUGGAGACGAAGCAGGAGGUGAUGGAUGAGGGGGGGGAGCCCCUGAAACCCGUCACAGUGCGCUUUGUCUUAGAGGAGAGCACCGGGUACAUGGAGCCCAUGUUACGCAUCCUGGCUGUCCUCCACACUGUCAUCUCCUUCUUCUGCAUCAUCGGAUACUACUGUCUCAAGGUGCCAUUGGUGAUCUUUAAGCGUGAAAAGGAAGUGGCCAGGAAGCUGGAAUUUGAUGGGCUUUAUAUCACAGAGCAACCCUCUGAGGACGACAUCAAAGGCCAGUGGGACCGACUGGUGAUCAACACACAAUCUUUCCCCAACAACUACUGGGAUAAGUUUGUGAAGAGGAAGGUACGUGUCUCUGUGUUUGCAGACAUAUUCACAAAGGAUCUUAUCGUACCACCAGGAGGC